AUGAGCUUUACUGGUUUGCGUCUUGAUGAUCUAGAAGAGGGUUCGCAAAAUGGCUGCAGCCUGGGGAAGUAUCUCUCUUCACAACUUCGCGAAGGAUACCCAGAGACGUGGACCUUACAUGAUCUGAAACUCUACACUGACGGUUGGCGUUUCCAUGGUCUGAUACCUCUGGAGAAGACUCUCUCGGGCGACAGAAAGCUUGAGUUUUCAACUAAGUACCAACAUGUCCAUGCUCCGGCACAUAAAGGAAAGACAUAUGUAGAGUUCUUGUCUUACGAAAUUACGACAGAUGAAGACGUUGAGUGGACUGGAGGACAAAACCUUUUGACUCGAAAGCCUAUAGUUGCUGACCCACUGUCUAAAAUUACCGCGGCCAAGAUUCGAGAUUGGAAGCUCAGAUGCGACACAAGCCAAUCUCAAGCUCAUACAAUCUGCUCGCGGCCAAGUCCAGCAUUCUUCCCUACUCGACUCAUCGAGAUUGUCGAGAUGGAUACCAACAAUCAGAUUCCUCAUGUGAGGCUUGUUGAUGGAAAGUCGCUAAAUGGAGACGCUGAGACCGAGAUUCCCUGGGACAAGAUUCCUAGAACGAUCCAAGAUGCCAUUCUGACGUCACAAAAACUUGGAAUUGGCUUUAUCUGGGUAGACUCACUCUGCAUCAUCCAAGACAGCAAAGCGGACGAUAAGAACAUCGAGAUUGGCCAGAUGACCCAAGUCUAUACCCACGCGGCAUUCACUAUCGCGGCCAGAAGAGCCCCAGACGCUCAUACCGGCUUUCUCCACGAGAGGUCACUUCCCUCUGGUACGACCAUCGUGGAUUUCUGCAGUGAAGAUGGUAAAACGAGACAAUGCACAUUGACAUUUGAGUCAGCAGCCAAGGAUGAGGAUGCGAAUGUCUUGGACACGCGGGGUUGGACAUUGCAAGAAUAUCUAAUGUCUCGCCGCUUGCUGAUCAUCGGAUCAUGGACAACUACAUGGUCUUGCAGAAACGAGAAUACAGUCUUCAAAGGCACACAUCGUCUCGAUGCAAUUGCCUUCUUUGGCACUCAUCCCGAUUCCAACUACCCAAAGCCUGAAAACAACCUCAUCUUGUGGGAAUGGAAUUCGUUAGUUCAGCGUCCUAUGCGCGGAGGGGCAUAUGCAGCUGGUUUGUGGGUUAAAGACUUUCCUGAUACGCUUCUUUGGGAAAACCGUUCUAGAGCCUUGUAUCCGAGACCAAGCGAUCAAGGACCAUCCUGGUCAUGGACGGCUAUUAACAGUACUGUGACGUGGGGCGCUGGCCAUGGGAAAGACGUCUUAUCAGUUGACUCUAUUGAAUGCGAUCUUGAUCAAGCAUCAGCUCCUUUUGGGUCUGUCAAGCGCGGCGCACUUCGUGUCACAGGACCUGCUUUAGACCAGGAGUGGAAACGCACUAAAAGUACAUCGAGUUUGAUGAGUCCCGGAGGACAUCACCUGAGGUACUUGAUGCCUGAUGGUAUGUAUAUCAACGCUCAUAUCAAGUUUCUUCCUGACGCAGAAGAAUCUGAUUCGGACUGGACCACUGUCACGUUACUUGCUGUCAAGGUCGACGACUACACAACGGGAAUAGUCCUGAGAAAAAGUGCCGACAGUGAGCACUCGAGAUUCGGUUACUUCGAUGCAAAUCUCCCAGGAGAUAAAUAUCAAAUAGAUUGUCAAUUACCAGUGGUUAGAAAAUGGGGGAGCAGAACUUUUACUAUUAUAUAG